AUGACGCUGCUUCAGGAUGCAAUGGGAAGGCUGGAUGGAAAGUAUGACAUAACAAAUGGACUGGCUGCAUUUGGGGUUUGCGAUCCCACCGACCCUAACAUAAAUCCAGACUGUUUAAACUACAACAAUCCGUCAGUAGCAUAUGGAUCGACCCUCGUUCCUUGUCCUGAUGAGAAGUGUCCUCUAGAAACACCUGAAUCAUUCGUUCGAGGAAAAAGCGGGUUUUACCAACCCCAUCAAGAUCACGCUUUGGUGCUGUUUGGUUGCAUGCCACCGGAGACAGAGUAUUUUGGAAUUCGGACAUACUUGUAUGAGAAAGCUGAAAGUAACGUUCAAGUUGAUGAAGAUUUUUGCAAAGAUGCAAUGAGCAGCCCCACAGGACAGGACAUUGAGGUUUUUCCUCCUGAUCCAACGGUACCAGGAUCUCGAGUAGUCGUGGACAUUCCAUGGUACGACACCCGAAACCAUCUAAGCAUCAACGCAGUCAGCGAUCCCGACAGCACCACUAAGUUUAGAUCUCUCUUUGUUCAUAUUACUACGGCUAACAAGCAAGUUUCUGAGGAUAUAGUGUGGGCUUUCGUUGAGUCAGGCGUGCCCGUAGAAGCAAUGAACAUCGACAGCAUUCCGAACCUGCCUGUUUUUGAUUUGGAGGGUAAUUCAACAAUGCGUGAUAGCUUUCGUACUAUCUACAGACUUGUUUUGCCAGAGUCAAUCGUUUCGAGUCAAGACGUCAACUCAAAUACCGAAGAUAUCGACAGUUAUAUCUCACUGCAAAAUAUGAAUAUUCUCGUUCGAUAUUUAACACCCAAAUUCCCAGUAAACAAAAACGGUUUCCUCCCACGACGACCAACCAAGAAGACUGUAGGAGAAACAGAAACAGAUCUUGUUGGCAAAUACACAUUUCAGAUGUUGCUGUGGGCAGUGAAAUCCUAUUAUGGUGAGCCAGACUAUGUUGCCAACCCCGUUCCUCUUGUUAUAAACAUGACAAAAUGCCUUCAAGGGUGCUACGGAUUUGGGGAAAACAGGGACACUGCGUACAUUAACACAGAUAAGACGAUCGAACUAGCUGGAGCAAGCGAUUUUGCGGUGGUGUGUGGUGCCAACCAUCUUUUGUUGGGGUACGCAGUUUAUACAAGCGUUGGAAUUUUCAAUACAAGUGGACUGGCUGUUGGUGUGAUAACUGAUGAAAUGAAGUUGAACAGUGCCUCGCACUUCGCUCCACAUCUCCCUGAAGUCAGCAAUUUGUACUGUGUUGAAAUUCGAUCUGAUUGCCAUGACAGGCCAUUCUGUGUGCAGCCCAUCUUCAACGACGUCGAAGCAGUUUUGGUGCAGUACCGAAUCAAUCUAAAUCCCAACACGAAGACGGGUCCUGCUAUAGACGAGCUGAUCUGGCCCAUAAUACUUGGGUAUCGAGGGCCGUGA